GUAUUUUCUAAAGCUUUGCGGUCUAUUGUGGUGUUUUUUAGCUCGAAGGAUAAUAUUCGAUUCAAUUAGUUUGAUUAUGAUGAAUAUAAAAUAUGAGCUUGUUUCUCUAACACAUGGAGCUUGUAUUCAAAUUGUUUGCAAAAUCAGAUGACUUUGUUGUGUGGAAUGGAAUGCCAUAGGGUUUGGAAGUAAAUGAAAUGUUUAACCUUUUUCAUAGUUAUUUCUUUUAGGAUGCAACGAGACUCAAUAAAAGGUAGUUUCUAUGUAGCAGUCACUAUUAAUAACAUGAUAUUCAUUUUCUAUGUAUUGCUCAAUUUUGUAUUUGAUGGAGGCAAGUUUUGAUGGAUGUAAUUUCAAUGUUGAGGACAAUAUUGCAUUUGAAGUAAAGGCAUUGAAGGAGAUAGCAAACAAAAUUGGGAAAAAAGAUUGGGACUUUGGAGUGGACCCUUGCAGUGGAAAAGGAAAUUGGAAUGCUUCUAAUAAGAAAGGAUUUGAGAGUUUUGUGAUUUGUGAUUGUUCAUUCAACCACAAUUCUUCUUGUCAUGUUGUAAGCAUAUCCUUGAAGGCUCAAAAUCUAUCUGGUAGUCUCUCACCAGAGUUUUCCAAGCUCCAUCAUCUCAGAUUAUUGGAUCUUAGUCGUAAUAUUAUCACCGGUUCUGUACCUCAACAAUGGUCUACCAUGAACUUGGUUGAGUUAUCUUUGAUGGGAAACAGUUUAUCAGGUCCAUUCCCCAAAGUUCUCACCAAUAUUACAACCCUAAAAAAUAUAAGUAUUGAAGGAAAUCUAUUUUCAGGCUUCAUUCCAACAGAGAUUGGAAAAUUGAUCAAUUUAGAAAAACUCAUUAUGUCAUCAAAUGGAUUCACAGGACCAUUGCCAUCUUCACUUUCCAAGUUGACCAAGUUGAAUGAUUUGAGGAUAUGUGACAAUAAUUUAUCUGGAAAGAUACCUGAUUUCAUUAGUAAAUGGGAAUUGAUUGAAAAAUUGCACAUUCAAGGUUGCUCUCUUGAGGGGCCAAUACCUACCAGCAUUUCUGUCUUGACAAGAUUAAGUGAUUUGAGGAUAACUGAUUUGAAAGGUAGUAGAAGCUCUACUUUUCCACCACUAAGUAAUAUGAAAUCCAUGAAGACACUGGUUCUAAGAAAAUGCUUGAUUAAAGGAGAGAUACCAGAAUAUAUUGGAGGAAUGGAAAAAUUGAAAAUCUUAGAUUUGAGUUUCAAUAGCUUGAGUGGAAAGAUACCUGAAUCUUUUGACCAGCUUGAUAAAGUGGACUUCAUGUAUCUUACUGCAAACAACAUAUCAGGAACUAUACCUAGCUGGGUUCUUGGAAAUAACAAAAAUGUUGAUGUCUCUUACAAUAAUUUUGCAUGGGAUAGCUCAAGUCCAACCGAAUGUCAACGAGGGAGCGUAAACCUUGUCGAAAGCUACUCUUUAUCUGCAUCUAAAAAAAGUAACAUUCAUUCAUGCCUAAAAAGAAACUUCCCGUGCGCAUCGGAUAAUCCAAGUAAUUCCUUCUUGCGCAUUAAUUGUGGUGGUAAUGAAGCAAAUAUUAAUGGUGAAAUUUAUGAAGCUGACAUAGAACGAAAAGGCGCCUCAAUGUUAUAUUACACUGGUCAAGAUUGGGCUCUUAGCAGCACAGGGAACUUCAUGGACAAUGAUAUUGAUUCUGAUCCCUAUAUUGUGGCCAAUACUUCUAAACUUCUUAAUACAUCUGUUCUCAAUUCAAAAUUGUACACAACAGCUCGUGUUUCUCCGCUUUCCCUCACAUACUAUGGCCUCUGCUUGAUAAAUGGAAAUUACACUGUUAAGCUUCAUUUUGCAGAGAUUAUUUUCAUCAAUGAUAGGUCACUAAAUAGUCUUGGGAGGCGAAUAUUUGAUGUCUACAUCCAGGGAAAAUUGAUGCUAAGAGACUUUGAUAUUCAAAGAGAAGCUGGUGGUACUGGAAAGCCUAUUGUGAAGACAUUUAAUGCUACUGUCACAGAGAAUACACUAAAAAUUCAAUUCUACUGGGCUGGAAAAGGAACUACUGGUAUACCAACAAGAGGAGUUUAUGGUCCUUUAGUGUCUGCUAUUUCAGUGCAUUCUAAUUUUAAACCUCCAUCAGAUCAUCGCAAGAAAAAUCAUGUGAUAUUGGUAGUUGGCAUAGUCAGUAGUGUUCUAGUUGUUGUCCUUAUGGUGUUGUGUCUCAUGAGGAGGUAUGGAUUGUUAGGAGGCAAGGACUCAGUGUAUAAAGAGCUUAGAGGUAUAGAUCUGCAAACAGGAUUGUUCACUUUAAGACAAAUAAAAGCAGCUACAAAAAACUUUGAUGCUACAAAUAAACUUGGCGAAGGUGGCUUUGGUUCUGUUUACAAGGGCAUACUCUCAGAUGGCACAGAAAUUGCAGUGAAACAGCUCUCAUCAAAGUCUAAGCAAGGAAACCGCGAGUUUGUGACAGAGAUAGGAAUGAUAUCUGGACUUCAACAUCCAAACCUUGUUAAGCUUUUUGGAUGUUGUGUGGAAGGGAACCAACUAAUACUGAUCUAUGAGUAUAUGGAAAAUAAUUGUCUAUCCCGCAUUCUUUUUGGAAAAGGAUCGGACAAUAAAACAAAACUGGACUGGCUUACCAGGAAGAAAAUUUGUCUUGGUAUAGCUAAAGCUUUGGCUUAUCUCCAUGAAGAGUCUAGAAUUAAAAUCAUACAUAGGGAUAUAAAGGCAAGUAAUGUGUUGUUGGACAAGGAAUUUAAUGCCAAAGUUUCAGAUUUUGGUUUGGCCAAACUUAUUGAAGAUGACAAAACACAUGUCAGCACUCGGAUCGCAGGAACAAUUGGUUAUAUGGCUCCUGAGUAUGCAAUGCGUGGUUACUUAACUGACAAAGCAGAUGUUUAUAGCUUUGGCGUGGUUGCAUUGGAAACUAUAAGUGGAAAAAGUAAUACAAAUUACAGACCAGAUGAUGAAUUUUUUUACUUACUUGAUUGGGCAUAUGUUUUACAAGAAAGAGGAACUCUUAUGGCGCUAGUUGAUCCAGAUUUGGGAUCAGAAUAUUCAACUGAGGAAGCCAUGGUAAUGCUAAAUGUGGCACUCUUGUGUACUAAUGCAUCUCCUACGCUUAGGCCAACAAUGUCACAAGUUGUAAGCAUGCUUGAAGGUUGGACUGACAUUCAGGAUCUUCUUUCUGAUCCCGGAUAUUCAGCUGUUAGUUCAAGUUCCAAAUAUAAUAAGAGCAUAAGAAAUCACUUCUGGGAGAAUACAAACAGAACACAAAGCAUGUCAAUACCUACUAUAUAUACUGAUUCCUCUAGCUCGUAUGUUCAAACUGACGAGAGCCAUUGUCUUGUAAAAAUUAACUCAGAUAGAUCAGAGAUAUGAAGAUAGUUUCCUAUUAUGUAUUAAACACAAAACAUGUAAUGAAUUUAACACAAAAUAAAAAGAGAAAGAAAAUAUUAUAAAGAA